UGAAAAAACAUGCCUUUUUAUGGCUAGAUAGUACUAUUUAAUAUCAAUUUUCGCCAUGUUUACAAAACUGAGUCGCGAAGAGGCGCGCAAGAUUCUAGGCAGUGUUGACUUGCCAGGUAACUUUCAGCGAUUACAUUGAUUGUGAAGUGACUUCUUGCAACAUUGUUAGUUGCUGCUAUCAAGUUUAUUUAUUAAUAAUGAGACUCUGUUUCCCUUAAAUAUUAAUGAAUUUGAGUUUAAAGCCGGAGCGUCUACAAAGCACAAAAUUUCGACCCGAUUUUUCUGAAAUGGAAUUGGAGAAAAAGAAGCUUACAUACAGGGCGUCUGCAUUGUCAGAUUUGUUACAGACAAAGCGUCGAGAACCAAAUUUACUGGCUUUCUUUUUUCUUUCUUUCUUUCUUUCACACUUGGUAUUCCUACUAACUCAUUGCAGGAUCUACAGCAACGAAUUUAAAACUUGCUCUCGCCACAAAAGCCGACAGACAGGUAAGUUUUAUCUUGGUUGAAACCUAAAACUGGACAAGAUAUCAGUGGACAAUAACAUGGAAAUUGGGAAGAGGGCGCUGGUAGUUAAGAAAAUUGUUUGCUAAGUCAUGUUUGUGAGUUUGAAUACUCUUUCCUUCCAUCUACUUGCAUUGACGGCUUAAAAAGUUAUAUGUAGCUGUGACUCAUCCAUAAUUAAGACAGUCACUGUCUGUCUGUUGUUAUGCAGGGACAUAUGGUUUUCCUAGGGGUAUGCCAAUUUUCCAAAUUCACCCUUACCCUUAUGUUCCCAAUAAGUUUGGGGAUUUUCCAACCCCGGGGCCAUCCCAGGUUUUCACAUGCACAUGAUUCCCACUUUGAUUGUUUAUUAGUAUUUUUUCUGGAUUUUCUGCAUUUCUUUAUCGCUUAUUAAGCUAGAGUUGUUACAGCAACAUCACAAGCCAUCACUGUACGAGUCAAUUUAUAGAGUAUUUCUGGGUGUUAUAAAACAACUUUCGCUUUGUGGUGUGGGUAUAUAUAAUGCAGUGUCUUGAGAUAUGUCAUUUGGUGAUCGCACUUAUCCACAACACAAAGAAACUACUGAAGUUUUUUUGUUUUAGAUCAGUCUUAGGUUGAUCAAGGAUUUGAACAAAAUAUGGUUGCCACAAAUAUUCAGAAUAGCUGACUUAACAGUUGACUCUUUAAUUACAAUUAGUUUUACUAAUCAGUUAUUUUAAACAAGAUAAACAACAAUUGUAAUGAAGAGAGAAUCACGAACAGCAUUUAUGUUGUUGUUGAUGUCUUUAUUGACAUGGUUAGUGCUAUAACAAACAGUUUAAGAAAGGAGCAACAGACCUACAGAAAUGAAAAAUUGCACUUUAAAAAUGCUGAAAGUGGUACUUCUCUACUCUGCAGUGAAUGUCAACUGCUGUUAGUAGUACAGUGAUUGCGGAAGCUUCUGGGCGGGGCAUUUGCCUUUCUAUUUUUGUCCCCGCCAUGGGGUAUUAGGCUGUUUUAGUGUCCCUGCCCUCAGGAUCUAGUAAUUUGCCAUCCAGGAAGAAAAAUUAUUUGCAUUUGCAAAAACAGGGUCUUGAAAGUUGUUAUUGUGAUGGAAAAAUGAAAAAUCAAGGAAUUUUCUCCUCCAAAGUUUGGCUCAUAAUUUCAGAUCUCUUUUUAUGGUCCUACAGGAGUUAAUUGCCUCAAGGAGAGAUGAGCAGGAAGCAAGAAUUGCUGCAGUAACUGAAAUUCAACGUGUUUGGAGAGGGUACUUCACACGGUAAAUGUACUUACUUAAGAGCUAAACAUGUAACAUUUAGGUGUGACUGGUAAUGUUUUACUUUUUUAGGUUCUAAAACAGGAAUGCUUGUUAAAGUUAUUAAGAUUAAUCAGCUCCUUGUGGACAUUGACUGAUCUCAUGUUUAAUUUAUCAUCACAAUAACAAUAUUCAUCAUAACAAUAAUCUUUAUCAUUACAGAUGUAAGUUGUUUGGGAUUCUUCAUCCAAAUGCAAGCGUCAUGUCUACAGCUCUUGGCAGUAGAUUCAUUCAAACUCCAUCACGGCUUAGUGAUGUAAGGACAAUUACACCAAUAGUUCCCCACUCUACUCCACAGCCCUCAUCAAAGGUAAGGCUUGUGGUAGCUGUUGUUGGUUUUGUUCAUUUUUCCCUCACCACUCCUUUCUCUGAUAGCCAUCAUUUUCCUUUCAUCAACUUCUAUUCCUCCACAGCCCCUUGAGAUUGUUUUUCAUUGAGCCAUUUAUUUAUGUAUUUAACCGCCGCCCGGUUAGUUCAGUUGGAUAAACGCCAGUCUGCCGAGUGGGAGGCCACUGGUUCAAGUCCUGGCCGGACCAACACUCGGGGUCUUUAAAUGGCUGAGGAGAAAGUGCUGCCUUUGUAAGGACAUCUGCAAAUGGUUAAACUUUCUAGUCUUCUCGGAUAAGGCAAUAAACUGUAGGCCCUGUCUCACAACCCUUGCAUAUAUAAAUUCUGUGGGACGUUAAAGAACCCACACACUGUUUGUAAAGAGUAGGGGACGUAGUCCCCGGUGUGGUGGUCUAUCUCUCAUGGGGGAAGGGACUGUUACAGGCCCGCAGUAAUUGGCGUCAUGCUGUUGCGGUGACCCUGCCAAUAAUUGGCGAAUCUAACAAAAUAAAAUAAAAAAUGUUUUCAUCCUCUGUUUUCUAUGAGUUUUUGUUUGUUCCUGAUGUAUGAAAAGAAAAGAUAAACAGUCAAACAACAACAACAAAGAAAAUUAACACCCAAAGGAUUUAAAUGAUAAUAGGACAAUGUUUGUUGUUGAAACAAAAGUCACAUGCAAAAAUUCAGAAACAGAAUAACAUUUACGUGCUGCACAUAAUGCAGACAGAAUAAACAGUCAUGAUAUUGCUUAUGUUUGUGUUUAGUACUGAGGAUAUAAUAAUUUUAAAUGUAUUUAACCAUGGCUUAUGGUAUUGUUCUCAAAACACUACAGGGGCGUUCAGUGCCUGCUUAUGCCUUGCCUAGAACAAAGAAGAGAUAUAAAGAGUAUUGUGAGCGUGUUGUUGCAGAACAAGGACCAUCAUGUAAGCUGAUGACGUACACAGAAUUCUGUGCUCUACUUAUACAAGAAUGGUGGCGUUCAGUAUUAUUAAAGCCAGACAUGCCCAGGCCUCCUCCACCAACUACAGAUGGGGGAGUGUCAGUAUCAGGAGCUGUGAGUGAGCGUGUGGACACAGCUGGAACUGAGGGGUCCGAAAAAAGACAAAUCAUUAACAGAGAAGAAGCAGCAAAGAUUAUUCAGAGAUCUUGGAGACAACAUAUUGUAAGACUAAGAAGAUUUAUUUGGACUAAUUUUUAGUGUAGACUCAUUAGUAUCUUUCUGUUGUACCUUGAAAAUUGCUUUCUGCCUCAAUCUUCCAGGGUCCGUCUGCUCAGACAAAUUGAAAAAGGCAAUUAUUGCUAACCCUGGAUUAACUUUUAAUCUAGGUUCCUUUUUCUCAUGUUAAAGUUAGUUGUUUUAGAGAAUCUGGGAAAAUACAACUCUAGGCUUAAAAAAUUUACAAUAAUUUAUCUAAAAGUGAGAGUGAAAUUAAGUCUUGCCAUGUUAACAUAGACUAGGAGUGAAAGGGGUUUAAGGUAUAGAGGAACCUUGAUUCAAUGAACCUCUACAUAACGAAGUCCUCGAUAUAACGAAUGAUAUUGAUCCUAGCCCCAGUAAUAGUAAAAUAUAUGAAAAAGGUUUACCUCGAUAAAAUGAAACCUCAUUAUGAAGAACAUAUUUUGUUAGUCCCUUGGCCCUUUGUUCUGUUAAGGUUCCACUGUAGCUUACAGCCUGGGAUGAAAAAAACUGUCUCUGUAUUAUUUUGCUUUUUAGGAUGUUCAGGUAUACAGGUACUACAGAGACUUAAUCAACUUUAAAAGCCGCGGAGACCCUUCUUCAAUGCUUAAAUGUAUCAAUCCAAGAGAGGUAUUUUCAUUUUGAAAUGUGGUAUAUUUUAUUUUUAUUUUAUAUUUUUAUCUCUUGCGCUUUGUUCAGUUUAAAAUUCUGAUCAUCUGCCUGACCACUUAAUCCCUAGUGUCCUUAAUAAAAUCAUUGGUAAACAGCUCAGUGUGUACUAUUGAGUUAUGGUUGCAUGAGGGAGGUUGUAGUUUUGUCAUGAAUAUAAAAACCCCUUCAGUCCAUUAUGAAGUUUUGCUAAAUUUAAUUACAUGUAUUAAACUGAACUAACUUUCCAAGAAGAGGUACUUGAAGCUCCUCCUAAAAACAAUCUUCUGCCAAAAUGUUUAAAACCCAUUGUUGAGGCCCUCUUAGCAGGGGAAAUUUCAUAUACAUGUACAGUCAUUUCUCAUUUUGAGGAGAAUGCCUUGUUCUUGUUGGUAUUGAAUCUAUCUUUAUGUUUUAUAUCACCAUUUCACCCAGUCUUUUGUUGCUGUUUCAAGGCCAUGUUGCUUGUUGGAAAAUUAUUCAACCCAACAGGGCCUCAUUGUUAAAACCUAUUCGACCUGCAGUUCCCUCCCAGAUGCCAAAAAUGUAUAUUUUUAAGAAAUGUUAUUUUUGGGAUCUUGUUAAUGAAUUUUUUUCACAUUAUUUUCCCUAUAGGCUGAACUCUUAGAUGCUGCUGCUGGAGUCCAUAUAAAGUUUAGGCUGGCAGGAGUGAGUACCCCCAGAUACAUAAAUCAAUGGAUUGAUUGAUCAAUCACUCAAUCAAUCGAUAAAUACAUGAGUAAAAAAAUAACAAUUUAAAGGUAGCACAUCCACUUAGUGGUUCUUAAUCUACCUGAUUCCUAGUCAAAUUGGAAAUUAGAAAUGUUUGGUUUUUGAGGAGAAGGGAAAACCAGAGUAACUGGAAAAAAAACGUUUCCGACGAAAGGAGAGAACCAGAAACAAAACCCCUGGGUGUUCUAAAAAGGAAGUUUAAGACUCAGGGCUGUUACUAAGGGUCAGGACUGGGGAUUCCCCCUCCCCUUCUCCCAGUUACUAUGAGUGUGAACCCAGCUACUUUCAUCCUGCUAGCUGUCAUUUCCUUGCCUACUUAUUGCAUAUAUCCUGCAACUUGAAAUAUAUUAAGUGGAAAUCCCUUUUUGUUGGCUUUGACGCAGUCUGGGGGAGAAACAUAUGUGUGAUGUUUACUGACCUAGUCAUAUGUAUUAAAUUCAGUGUAUUACAGUCAAAGCUUGUUAAUAGUGAACUUACGCAAAGGGAUGGCAGAGGAUAGAAGACGGCAACCCUUGUGUGACAAGCGUGACAAUAAUUCUGUUUGAAAAUAAUUUCCGCCAAACUUCACCUUCCUUUUAAAAGAUCUUUUUGUUGAAGAUCAAAACACAGUUAUAUUAAUAACAACAAACACACAGGUAAUAGGCCUGUCACAUUUGUCACACACAUUUGUCACAUUCGUGUCCCCAAUUAGCAUCAGCUAAAUACAUCGACACAUGAAUAAAGUUCAUCAUCAUCAUCAUCAUAACAUCAUCAUCAUCACAAGCGUUUUGCCGUCUUCUUCUUUGUGCCUUCCUAAUGAGUAAGCUCACUAAUAUGGCUAUGAAGGGGGCCAUAGAAAGUGUCCAUAUUAAAGAGGCAUCCGUUUUAAGCGGCUGGAAUUUCAAGAAAUAAAGCAAACUGUCCGUAAUAAUGAGGUGUCCAUAUUAAGAGGGGUUUGACUGUAAUGUUACAGUAUCUUAUUAUUGACAGCUGUCAACUUCUAUAUUUUUGGACCUAUUGCAGUGGCUUCAAGUACAUGGUCUUUAUUGAGUUGGGUUUUGGCAAUUUUUUUUGAAAUUUUUUUCCAGGAAAAGUUCCCUCCCAAUAUCUAUUACAAGAUUUUUACUCAUCGCAACAUUGUAGACUUGUGUGCUAAUGCCCCAAGAGAUUACACACAAGCAACAACAAAACGGCUUCCUGUGGAAUUUAUACACAACAAAGGAAUUAAUGCUGAAGAGGGUGGGUACAUAAAGACAUACGUAGACUGUGAGCAGUCUCUCUUUUUCUUCAGAUUUAGUGAAGGGGAGUGCACGAGUGCACGAGUGUCGAGCCGAGAGACGUGAUUUGCUUGACGGACCAAGAAAAAAGUAGACUACUCAUAGUCUGAGACAUACAUAUAGACGUCAUUACAUUAGGGAUGGUAAUGAGAACCUCAAAAAUAAGAAUUAAUAACCAAAACAACAACUUUGCAUGUGUAUCACAAUUUUUUGUACAUUUUGUGUGGUUCAUAGCAUAGCGUCUGGCCCAGAGAGAUCACUGCCUGCAGAGUACAAACCCAGCUACUGCAAGAACCUAAUGGGGUCAUGACUAGUUAUAUUUAGGAAGUUUUGGAUUAGAAAUUUAGGGAGUAUUUUAACAUUUGGGCUCAAAGAAUGAGGUUACAAGGUGCUCGAAGAAAGGGCCUAGUUUAAGGCGAUGCUCCUUUGAAUUUUGCACUGCCCAAACCUAAUUGAUAUAUAUUACAUUUAGCACAGCCGUUUUCAUGAUUGAAGCGGCCAUCACAUUACACAUAGUCUUCGAUAGAACGGAAAAUACAUGUAGUAAGCGUGUGGUGCUAUCCUAUCAAUAAACUUUAACAAGUACUAAAACUCUCCUUGUUUUGUAGUUAACAGAACCGGCUGGUAUCAAAGAUGGGAGAACAAUGGCUGGAGACUGGUGUCUGACCGAAUAAUGAAACAAGUUGAUCAGGAUCCUGUGGUUUAUGAGUCAGCUCUUAAAAAAGAACAGUUCAGUUAUAAUAAGGUACUGUGUGGGUUCUUUCUGUUUACACAAACCAACAGGAAAAAAAAUGUUAGGCUAUGUUUUUACCGAUACGGCGGCCAUAUUGAAUUUAUUAGAUUUAAGGAGUAUUAUGGGAUGCCCAUGGGCAUUCGCUCAGUAUUUACGCGCGCUUUUCGGUCAAAAAGAGAACUUCAAUGUAUAUUUCUCGGGAAAAAGGCGAUCAUUAUUACAUCCAAAUACGGCACAGCGAUCUUUUUUCCCAUUACAAUCUUUUUCUAGAAAACUUAAAGAAAAAGUGGCACGAAAAGCGCGCGUAAAUACUGAUGCGAGUACAUCGGAUCGUGCUCAUGCCCCACUGGGCAUCCCAUAACAUUUCUUAAAUCCAAUUAAUUCAAUAUGGCCGCCGUAUCAGUAAAAAGGUCUAUUCGGCGCGAUUUCUGUAAUGGUGCGGAGCUGCGCCGUGUUGAUCUUUCUGCGUGGACGUUUUUGUUCAGUGUGAACAGAUAUUCGGACCGUAGCGGAAGUGAAUAAGUAGGAGCAAGGACUGGAAUUCACUGAGACGGAAGUAAAUAUUCAGGAGUGAGGACUGCUAGUUAACCAGACUCUCUUAGCCAACCGAGCCGGCACAGUGCUCUGAUGUUCGGUUUGUGUGAACGACUUGUUACAGUUCUGUGCCGUUGCCGUACAGUGUAAACAAGCCUUAGGCGUAAACAUUCAUAUUAUAUUUUGUUAAAGCUCCCCCCCCUGGAAUCUGCAAACUAUUUGAUUUCUAAGAUGAAUUUAUUUUGUGCAGGUUACUAGAAAACAGGACCUCGAGAGAAAACGGAAAAGGAAGAAAGUGGAGUGGAUGAAGAAAAUGUAAUUAUUGCAUUCUGAGUAUUUUUACCACCUAAUUUCCGGUCAGACCUCGCUCGUGCUUUCCAGUAAAGCAUAUUCAUGACCAUUGACCGCGGCAGGGUUAGCUCAGUUGGUAGAGCGUGUAACUGAAGAGCGGGAGGUCGUGGGUUCGAUUCCCGGGACCGGGACCAACACUCAUAGUCUUAAAAUGACUGAGAAAUGAAGGUAUUUCUUUGCUCUGGAAAUGGCUGGACCUACGCGUGGCUCGGAUGACCACGUAAAAUGACGGUUCCGUCUUCAGUAGGAGACGUAAAAAUAGUGUCCCCAAUUAGUACUUUGGUGCAUUUCCUCGGUGACUAAACGACGACUCCACGUUUUUACUUUUUUAAAUUAUUGGCUGAUAGAAGAAACAAACGAGCAAAAAACUCAUACAAUGACAACAACAAUCAAACAACAACGACAACAACAACAAGAAAAAUGAACUAUUGGGAAACCACUUUGGCAUGAUCUUGCUAGCAGUUUUUUUAAAGUAGUCCAUGAAAAAUUUUCAAGGAUGUCUUUGUCUAAGGAUAGAUAGGAAGGAAGAAAAGCCAAAACUGUUUUAUGUAGUCUCCUGUUUUCUUUGCUUGAGACGUCCUCAUGCAAACCUUCACCGCGGUCAGAUAAGAGAAAUUUGCAAAAGCUCGGCAAAGUACUUCAAAGAUUAGGUUGUUACUUUAUCUGUUGAAAGUUGAAUGUAUUUCCAACAGGCUUUUAAUUUACUAAACUUUUUGAAAGUUUACCUAAAACGUUCCAAGUGUAUAAAAACCAAAAAAGUGUGUUACUGCUGGACUUUCCUUUGCGCGAAGCUCAUUAUUAGUUAAAAAUUGCAAAGAUUGUCAAAUUAACUUAUUCUUUGACCGCGGUGGAACGCACUGUCUUUUAAAUAUGUAUAAAUCACCAAACCAGAAGGUUCUCUCGACUUUUUCACACCCAGAAAGUGCAUGUGUUAGCCCUUUUGGACCUUUAUACCGACCGAAAUGACAAAUUUCCCUACCAUUGAACAUUGCCACGGGUAAGGAAAUGGUCAGGGGAAAAAAAUUUGUUCAAGGUCAGGGAAUUGUCAGGGAAUUUCAAUUUUUUAGUGAGGGAAUAUUAAAGUCUUCGAACGCAGUCAGGGAAAAGCGAAAUGUUAAGAGUGCAUAUUUAGUCUUUUUCCGCUACUUUUAUUGUUUUCUACUGUUUUAUUUUUUUUGGUACAUUUAACUGACAUGAAUCUUGUUGUAUUGGUAGAAUAUUGGUCAUCAGAGAAUUUGAAUGACAAGCUCAUUUUGGGUUUUCAAGAAAACCAAUCCUUUUUGCAUGUCCUAUGUAAAUAUUAAGGAACUAUCAAUUCGUGUACACUGCACGUGACUUGCUGAAAGCAUGAAUAAACGGGUAAAGAUGAUGCUGUGGGCGGAGAGUUGAGUCCAUUAUCAGGGCUUAUUUGUGAAAUUGUUAAUUCAGCUGGUCAGGGAGAUUUUACAUUUGCCAGGAAAAAGGCAGGGAAUUUCAGAAACCUCUGGCUUUGGCAACCAUGCCUACCCUUUAUAUACAUCAACUGGUGAAAUCUCUACCCUUUGUAUACUUUAAGCCUCAAAAAGGUACCCCUUCCGGGCGGAGCCUCCCAGUAUAGGCCAUUAAAGGGAGUACCCCCCCGCCCCCCCCAGGGGGGGGGGGGGCUGAAACCCCACCAGUUACACAGACUAACCCACUCUACCUUGUGCACAGGUACAAGGAAGGCAUGUUGAGGGCCAGGCAGGGAGAUCCGAAAACUGAGCAAGUGGUACAGUCAGUAGCUGAAGGAAUGCUUACUAUCACAGACACACGGGGGCAGGAUGCUGUGGAAGAUUGGGAAGUGGAUGAACUGCUGGAAUGGACAAACGGAUUGAACUUUGACCAGUAUGUAAAAGCACUUUUGUUACCGCGAUUUUUGGUUUGUCCGGUGGAUAUGGUAAUUUUUCCAAAACUCCUUCCAACACCAAUAUCUGCUAAUGUUUCUAGGAAAUUUAUCACCCGAAUUAAUUUAACUAUGCAAGAGAGAGUCAAGUUGUGUUGCAUGUAAGUCUGAGGUAGCAGAUAGACGCUUGAAAGGAAAAUGGGCUCAAGAAAAACCGGGCGCGCGCGUUUCCUCAUUAGAAAAAUCGUUACUGCUUCUGCUGUGGACUGUUCACAGUCCCCUGUUUCAUCGUAACAUCGUCAGGAUCGAGCGCUAAAAGGUAUGGGCGGCCAUCUUGGUUUCAUAUGUACCUAGGGGGGCGGGCGUCGGGGUUUAAAGCGGUAGGGGGAGGGAGGUAGUUUUGACACUCAUCCAAGAUGGCUGCCCGUAACGCAAAGCGCUCGAUCUGGACGAUCUUGCAGAAAAAUAGGAGACUGUGAUCAGUCUAAUUCUGCUGCCACCAAAAUUGUCUUUAAAAAGCGUCAGUCCUCGCAGAUAUUGCUUGUCAUUACCAUAUGAAAGGCCUUUAGGGAAUUUUUUACAAAAGUGUGAUUAAUCUAUUUCACCUUUUUUAGAUAUCUUUAUGACUGGAAAGAAGUUGCUACAAGUGCAGGCUCAGAGUAUUUAUCAGGUCAGUUUCAGAAAGACAUAAGCCUGGCAACAACUAAGUUAAUAGACUAUUUUCAAUUGUCUGCCGUAAAGCAAAACCAUUAUAUUUAUACCAGUCAAUGAGAAAAGGCACAACCUAGACAGUCCGUAUUUUUUGCGUAGUCAAGAAAGCGCGAACGAAAUGUCUGAGGCGAGGCUAAAAACGGAGAGUGGUCAUGUGAGGCUCGUGCGCAGCCAGCGCUUCGCGCCUUUAAAACCGCUUUUGAAACAGAAAAACACCGACUGUUCUGCACUCUAGCCACAACGUGGCAAUGUAACCAAGAGAGCGAUUUUCCUACGACCUUGAAGUGUAAACACGCGAAUAACGAUUUGAUUGGUUUAUCGGACGGACACGAACGCGCGUGGCCUUUGGUUGGUUAAGCGAACGCUCGGGUGAAAAAACUUCAUGCCCGAAGAACUUUCUAGAAAUCAAUCGAUACUUCGCUUUGACGAGCAAGGGUGGCGCAGUGGUGAGAGCACUCGCCUCCCACCAAUGUGGCCCGGGUUCAAAUCCCGGCGUUGACACCAUACGUGGGCUGAGCUUGUUUUUGGCUCUCUCCCUUGCUCCGAGAGGUUUUUUUCCGGAGAUUCCGGUUUUCCCCUCUCCUCAAAAACCAACACUUCCAAAUUCCAAUUCGAUCUGGAACGCACGGAGAAGUUUAAACGAGUUUAUAUGGGUAAAAAAGCAAUUUACAAUUAUUUUUACGUCAUACUGCAACACGAUUUUUCAAUCGAGCAAUGUCUUCUCCAUAUUAGGGGUUUUUUUUGGCGGGAAAACGAAAAGUCCAUGUUUCGAUCUUUUCAUCCAUUGGCUGAUAAAACAAAUAGCGAACACUUACCAAAACCAUUUUUCAAGGUCAUACGAAAAUCGCUCUAAGCUCUUGGAACAAGUACAUGUGACCUGCGCGAAGGGCGGGAAAGUCGUGAAGUUUCUUUUGAUGUUAAUUAUGAUCGGCCGAUUGAGUGUCGGCCGACCGCGAAACUUGCUAGUCAGGGGAAUGAGAUGUUUUUGAGUUCCCUGAACGGGCUCAAGCUCGUUAAAACAUUAUCUUUGAAAUUUUGUAACGGUGGCCAAUUCUCCUUGUGAACUUGUCAACAAAACCAUUUCCUUGUCCACCGCGAUUCUUCUCUUAUCAAAAGCAAUAUGUAUUUAAUCUGGUUUUGUUGUUGUUGUUGUUGUUGGAGGAUCUUCAGUAAAUUAUUAUUUAAUGAUACUCUUUGUUUUUCCAGAGCAAACCAAGUUUCUGCCUGAUGACCCCUUUUCGCUGACGUUGAUGUCCAGAUAGCAGCGGUUUUGGCUUUUUUUUUGUAUCGUGUUAAUUUGUAUUUCAAGUGUGCGUGUGUGUAUGUUUUUCUUAAAUAUUAUUAUUAUUAUAUAAAACCGUUUUUCAGAUUCCACUGUAAAUAAAUAUCAUACAAAGAUAGACUAAUAAAUUGUUUGGAUGGCUUUUAUCUCUAUAUUUCGUAACGCGAAACAGCAGCUA